UCUGUGUUGAUGCCUGUAGCUCCACGGUCGUCCCAUCAUCUGACAGCUGGUUCAGACAGGAGUUGUGUAGUCGGCCAGCAGAGAGAGGACCGUUGAUGGACCAGGUUUCCCUCCGGUGGAUAUUCUACCGACGCGGUUGAGGAGUACCGAGCCGAACCCGAAGCCACGUCGCCCCGGUCCUGCCAUGGACGAACAGGCAGGCCCCGGUGUCUUCUUCAAUAACAGCAACAACUCGGGCGCUGGGAAUAUUAUUAAAGCUCUGCAGACCAGCGACGUCGGGGGUGGAGAGGCGGCCAGGGCUCAGUACAACAUCCCGGGGAUUUUACACUUUCUCCAGCACGAGUGGGGCCGCUACGAGGUGGAGAGGUCGCACUGGGAUGUCGAGAGGGCCGAGCUGCAGGCUCAGAUCGCCUUCCUGCAGGGGGAGAGGCGGGGCCAGGAGAACCUGAAGAAAGACCUGGUGAGACGGAUCAAGAUGCUGGAGUACGCCCUCAAACAGGAGAGGGCCAAGUUUCAUAAACUGAAGUAUGGAACCGAGCUGACCCAGGGAGAGAUCAGAGCUCCCAGUUAUGAUUCAGAUGAGGGGAACGACAGUGAGGCUCCCAGUUCUCCCAACAGCAGCCAUCAGCUCAGCUGGAAGCAAGGACGCCAGCUGCUCAGACAGUACCUGCAGGAGGUGGGGUACACCGACACCAUCCUGGAUGUGAAGUCUCAGAGAGUGCGAGCGCUGCUCGGUCUGUCCGGAGACUCCGGAGACCAGCCUUCGGAGAGGAGAGGCGAACUGAUGGUCAACGGCACCGAGGCGUCCUCCCCGAGGGACAGCGCCAUGCUCAGUAAACCGGAGAUGUCAGACUCGGCCGCCGGCGUGCUGGAGGCCUUUAAGUUCAUAGAGAGCGCCGCGGCGGAGUUCAGCGACGAGGACGAGGACGAGGACAGCCAAGGACGGGACAAGACCGUCUUAGACAUGGCGACGAUGGUGAGGAAGAAACAGCCGUCCACGCCGUCUUCCUCGGCGUCGGAGCUCAGCGACGACCCCGACACGGAGGAGGCUCUGAAGGGUUUCGACUUCUUGGCGAGUCCCGACGAGCUGGACGGAUCGCCGGAGUCUCGGAGCGGGGAGGACAGCGGAGAGUGGGAGAAGGAUGACCCCUCCCCUGGAGGGGAACUGUCCUGGGACGUGGACCAGGGACUGAUCGCCCAGCUCAAGGAGCAGUACAGGAAGGAACGCAAGGGCAAGAAGGGGGUGAAGAGACCGAACCGGUCUAAGCUGCAGGACAUGCUGGCUAACCUGCGGGACGCCGAGGAGCCUCCCUCCAUGCAGCCGCCCGUAACGCCCCCGUCCCGCCCAGCGGUCCCCAGACUCAAUGAGCACGAACUGGGACGCCCCGAAGACGAAGCGAUGACUUUCCUGCCGUCGUCGGGGAAGUCUUUCAUCCUGGGCCGGGUGGACGAGGCGGUUUCUAACGAGCUGGGACUGGGAGAACUGGCCGGACUGACGGUCGCCAACGAGGCCGACAGCCUGGCGUACGACAUCUCCAGCAGCCAGGACGCCCUGAGGAAGACCUGGAACCCAAAGUUCACCCUGCGGAGCCACUUUGACUCGGUGCGGAGUCUGGCCUUCCACCCGGUGGAGCCCGUCCUCGUCACCGCCUCCGAGGAUCACACCCUCAAACUGUGGAACCUCCAGAAGACGGCGCCCGCCAAGAAGUGUGCUGCUUUAGACGUGGAGCCCAUCUACACAUUCAGAGCUCACAGCGGCGCGGUGCUGUGCGUCACCAUGAGCUCCAGCGGCGAGCAGUGCUUCAGCGGCGGCGUGGACGCCACCAUCCAGAGCUGGAACACCCCCAACCCCAACGUCGACCCCUACGACUCAUAUGAGCCCUCCGUCCUGCGGGGGGCGCUGUGCGGUCACACAGACUCGGUGUGGGGUCUGGUCUACAGCUCUGCCCACCAGCGCCUCCUCUCCUGCUCCGCCGACGGGACGGUUCGGCUGUGGAACGCCGCAGACACCUCGCCGUCUCUCGCCGUCUUCAACCACAGAGGAGAGCUAGGAGUGCCGACCUCGGUGGACCUGGUGCGGAGCGAGUCUGAUCACAUGGUGGCGUCUUUCAGCAGCGGCCACAUCGGCCUCUUCAACAUGGAGACGCAGCAGCUGGUCCUGACGCUGGACUCCGCCGGACCGCCAGAAGCUCCCUGCAAGAUCAACAAAGUGCUGAGUCAUCCCACGCUGCCAAUCACCAUCACAGCUCAGGAGGACCGGCACAUCCAGUUCUUCGAUAAUAACACAGGUAAAGUGAUCCACUCGAUGGUGGCCCACCUGGACUCUGUCACGUGUCUCGCCGUGGAUCCCAACGGACUGUACCUCAUGUCAGGAAGUCACGACUGCUCCAUCCGUCUGUGGAACAUGGAGAGUAAGACGUGCAUCCAGGAGUUCACCGCUCACCGCAAGAAGUCGGAGGAGUCCAUCCACGACGUGGCGUUCCACCCCACCAAGUGCUACAUCGGCAGCGCGGGCGCCGACGCGCUCGCCAAGGUCUUCGUAUGACCGCCAACCAGAACCAGCCGCGCACGGGUCGGGGGGGGGGGGGGGUUUGGAUCGGGACCAGGGAGCAGAAAAACCUGAAGGGGACGGUGACGGUGUAAACGGACUGUUCCUUUAAGACUGGUCAAAUAUAUCCCACCCCCCACUUUCCUUCGGACUUAGGCUGGCCCGGGUCCCGAAACACAACACACACACACACACACACACACACACACACACACACACACACGAAUGAAAGCAGGAACCCUCGGUACGUUUUUUUAGGCAAAGCUGGAAUCGGAUUUUCCUUUUUCUUUCCUUAACGUAAAAUCUCAAACGCUCCAGUUACCAACCGUCUGUUACCGUUCAUCAUAACGUGCCUUUUGUUCCUUCGCAGCAUCACUUAUUUUUCAGGCGUUCAGAGAAAGUUUAUUCUGUGCAUCAGAGGAUCAACUUUUUCCUCUUUUAAAAUAAUUUUUUAUGUUUUUUUAAAAGCAUCACGAAUCGCCUCAUCUAUGAGCCAGAAACUCACUAGAGGGUGACACGGGAAUCAAUUGUCGCUCCCAUCCCAUCCUGAGCCCACGAAAAUACUACCGUCACAUCCCGAUCACGUGACUGCCCCCACCCCCAAAAAAAUCCUGUCCUGCAAAAUCCC